CCUGCGCAUUCGUGAAGCAAGAGAGAAUAUCAGUCUCGAUAUAUGUGUGAUCUGAAUAUAUCUACGUAGGUACGUAGAAUUUUAAGAUAGUAGUAAAUCCUAUCCGGGAUAGAGAGGCACAAAGAUGCCUUUAUUUGGGAAAAAAGAUUUCGGUAGGAAAUCGAAAAAGGAUGGCCGAGACUCCGAAAAGCAACCGUCCAUCGAAGACAAGUAUGUGGUUAAAGAUUUGUUGGGAACCGGAGCGUUUUCCGAGGUGCGAUUGAUAGAAAGCAAAGAUAACGGGCAGUUGUUCGCGUGUAAAAUUAUCGACAAAAAAGCUCUUAAAGGGAAAGAAGAUUCAUUAGAAAACGAGAUUAAGGUACUGAAGAGAUUUAGUGAACAAGCAAAAGGCGAAGGGGAAGAGAAAAAUAUGUUUUCGCACCCUAACAUCGUCCAGCUGUUAGAAACGUACGAGGACAAAAACAAAGUGUAUCUGGUGAUGGAGCUGGUGACAGGCGGGGAGUUGUUUGACCGCAUCGUGGAGAAGGGCUCGUACACCGAGAAGGACGCGUCCAACCUGAUGCGGCAGGUGCUGGAGGCCGUGGACUACAUGCACUCGCAGGGCGUCGUACAUCGCGACCUCAAGCCUGAGAAUUUGCUCUAUUACAGUGCUGAUGAAGACAGUAAAAUUAUGAUCAGCGAUUUUGGUCUGUCCAAAAUUGAAGAUUCAGGUAUUAUGGCCACAGCUUGCGGAACUCCAGGAUAUGUUGCUCCUGAAGUGCUUGCCCAGAAACCUUAUGGCAAAGCAGUGGAUGUAUGGAGUAUAGGAGUCAUAUCUUACAUCUUACUUUGUGGAUACCCACCAUUUUAUGAUGAGAAGGAUGAAAAUUUGUUUGCCCAGAUAUUGAAAGGCGAUUUUGAGUUUGAUUCUCCUUACUGGGAUGACAUUAGUGAAUCAGCUAAGGAUUUCAUAAGGCAUUUGAUGUGUGUUGAUGUGGACAAGAGAUAUACUUGCAGGCAGGCAUUGGCUCAUCCAUGGAUUUCUGGUAAUGAAGCUAGCAGCAAGAACAUCCAUGGCACUGUAUCUGAACAGCUUAAGAAGAACUUUGCCAAGUCCCGCUGGAAACAAGCAUACCAUGCAACAACUGUGAUUCGGCAAAUGCAGAAAAUGGCACUCAGUAGCAGCGGCUCCAGUCGCAGCACAAACUCGAGUGCUCAGCUCAAGCAAUAGCUGCUCUCCCCAUGACACGGCAAAUCGCUUUCCCUACUGACAAAGGUACUUAAGAUUUAUUUCAUUUUUAUUUAAUUGGGUUGGUGAUAACCAAUGCCAAGUAACUCCAUCAUGCUUAUUACAAUUGAUAAGCCUGUUACAUUAAUUGAAAUUCAUUGUCAAACCAGUUGGCGGCAGACACGCCGAAAGAUCUGUGUCAUCGCUACGUUUAUAACAUUACUUACGGAUCUACACAUUUCAAUGUACUGAUUGUCUUAAUACUGGAAUGGAUAGCUUGUUUAGCAUAUUAAUAAUAAUCAACGAACUGUUAUUAAGACAUAUUUCGGCUAGUCAUUAUAUAUUAUCUUAUCUGCUUGAAAAUAUUAAAGACAUAAAAAUCUUAUAGCAAAUAAAAAUUACAUUGAUACUUAAUUUUGAAACUGAUCUGUAAUAUAAUGUCUUUCUUUAUGUAACACUUGUAAAUUCGAAUUAUUAUUUUCGCUUUUUAUAGUAAUAACUACUGUUUCUAAAUAUUUUUAUUUAAUGAUAAAUUUGAAGGGAAGAUCUGAUUGUUAAAUUAAAAUUUAAUUGAAUUUUAACUGCCAAAAUUAAAAAUGGUUUGACAACUUCCUCGAAUCUAAUACUAGUUAACAAAAAGUAGUUAAGAAUAAAAUGAUGUUCUCUUUAAAGAUACUGAUUAAUAACUAUUGCUUAGGUAUGGUGAUAAUCACUUGUAAUAAUAAGGUCUGUUGCAAAAUUGAUUAGAAAUAAUUGAUAUAAAAUGACAAAAUAUUUACAAUUAUAAAUAUGGUUUACAUGUUGAAAUAUUCAUUUGUAAUUUCGAAUCUUCUCUAUAGUUGUUUUAUAUUUAAAUAUAAAACAUUAUAGGUAUGAAUGUCGGGCAGGGUACUUGUUUUGAUGCUAACUCGAUAUUUCACUGGUUGAACCAAAAUAUCUCAGGCCAGGAUUUGGUUGGAAUAGUCAUUUUGUUUAGAAUGGUAGCUGUGCAUAGAUAGCCGUCUGGAGCUCCCAUCACAGCUGGUAACCAUCUCGUAUUGAUUAGUAUCAACUGUAACACAUGUGUUUCGACAGUCACCUACCCGACUCCAUUAUGCUAUCUCUAGAGUAAGUUUUAUGAUUCUAAACUUAAAUCCUUCCUAUAUUUUACCAUUUUCAUAUUCCUAAAUACCUAUAUCAAAUACAUGUAUUAGCGAUUGUUAUACAAUACUGCAUUGUUGAAUUUAAUGUUCUUAUAAUACUCUGUAACCGUGACUAAAUAGUUGGUAGUAGUUCCCUAUAUUAUAUAAAGGGCAUUUCAUACGUUACAUAAGAAUGGGCCUAAUGUAAAUUUAUUUCAAGUACUUAGUAAGAUUGAAUGGAAUCUUGCUUACGGACUGGUGACUAGAACCGCACUUAUGUUGCAUAUAUUUAAAAGCUAUGGAAUGGCAUUCGAUGUAAAGAUCUGAUCUGAUUUGAUACAUGACAUUACUCUCCAUUGGUGUGAGCGAGUGUGCAAUGUUAAUUACUUAGUACUUAAUGCCAAAUGACGUUCAGAAUUUUAUGUUCAAAUGUCGCUCAUCACAUGCUUAAUGCGCGUUCUUUUUGCGAGACUGAAAUAAUUUGACAUUUUUGAAGCAUAUUCAGUGUUCGAUUGAUGUACUUACGUUUUCUGCUCUCUCCUCUGCCCUAAAAGAAUCUCAUAAUCUUUUGACAUGUUGUUCCAACUAUUAUCUUACAUAAAACGACAAAUGUAUAAUUGUGUAGGAAUUCCGCUUUACUUAUAUUAUAAUAUAUUAUCAUGUGACACAUUUCCUAUAUCUGUAUUUUACGAGGGUAUGAAUAUCAUAUCAAAUGUUUUGACAUUCCGAUUAGGAUAAACAUGUAAUAGUGACUAUGAUUUUAUUCUAAAUUUAAAAAAUACGAUAACAUUCCAGUUUUCAGUAUUGUACCUAUAUACAAAUUAUUUUAUACAUUUUAAAAUGAAAUUAUGUAUUCAUUUUACAAAUUCGAUUUAUUAUAAAAAUGACAUUAUGUAAUUUUGCUUGAAAGAUUAGAUGCAUUGGGGUUAAGUAUUCAGUGAAAAGGUUAUUCAGUUAACACUGAAAUUUUCGAAAAUCUAUUUUAUUUUCUUAUUAAAACAGAAAAUACCUAGUUGUAUUUGUAAACACAAGUGUUUUCUCAGUGCAUUGAUAUCUACUGUUAAACUAAACGUUGACCGUCUUCCGUCCGUGUUGACGUUGUCGUUGUUGAAUAAAUAAAUAAUAAUGGGCAUCAGUUUUAUGAAGAAAAAAAAACUUGUGACUUAGUUCGAGUCCAGUCACGAGUAACCCCAAUGCACCUUAGGUACCGUUAUAUUUCGUUUCCGUGUAGCGUCCACAAAAUAAAAUCUUCCGUCCGUGCUUUAAAUUCCCGCGCAAUUUAAUUUCAAGUAUAAUAUACUUAUCUAUAUCAAAGUAUGUGCAAGUUGCAUAAAGGAGAUUCAACUUUUUCUUGUUACUCGUUGCCAUGGUUACGGUCGCCUGGUUCACUCUUUAAAUUAAAGUUUUGUGGCAUUUUAAUUAACCAUACAUGCAUUUAUGUGGUAGUUAUAAGCCCUGUCCACAGUAGGACAUCUACUAAGCACGACAAUAUAACAUGUUACAACAGUUCUUUUAACAAACUGUGCUACUAUUGUCGCCUGGCUGAUGUGACAGAAUAACAAGAAAUAUUUGAUUCACUCUUAUAAUUACAAUAUUAUUUUUGUAUUAUAUGUAAGUGUGUAACAUUAUAUUAUAAAUAUUAUAAUAUUUGCAUAUUUAUAGAAAUGAAAGUGACAGUGUCAGCAACAUAAUAUUGCACCUUACAUAAGUAGUACUAAAGUUUAAAAGGCUCGUAAAUUCAAAAUGUAAUUAAUGGCUCAAACGGAAAAUGAUGUAACAAUAACAAUAAAAACAUAAUUCGUUUCGGUCCUCUUAUGAGUAAACCAAACGAGUUUUGACGAGGAUACCAAGAGCAACACACUUUAAAAACCUGUCAAUGUGUCCGACGGUCAGUGUAGAUAUUUACUAUAAAUAUCUUAUUAUAUAACAAAAGUGUGUCAUGCGAUUUCGUCGAUAUGUGGCACCGGAAGAUUUACAAUUCAACAUGCAUGUCUCCACUAUAAUCUAGAUUAUUCUACGACGCAGCCCGUCAAAUGAUUGUAGGCUUGAUGUUAGCAACGAAGUCAGAAAAGUAACGACGGCGUGGCAUAAUCAUAUUGACUGUGUACACAGUAUGUUGAACGAAAGUGUUACCUGUAGGCUCAGUACUUAACCAAAUGAACCCACACCACCGUAGAUGUGUUUUAAAAUCAACAGAGAAACUGGUUUCUUUAAGUUUUUUUACAUUUGUUUCGUAUAAUUCUAUGCUGGCGUAGGGUUCCCAUUGGUUGAUCGUAAUGCUUGUUAUUGCGCUGUUGAAACUUAGCCUUACUAGAUCUAUCUAACCCUAAAAUGAGACUUAAUGUGUAUAGGUUCUCUUGUUGAGUGACCUAUACAUAUAAGUACCUGUAUAGUGAUCAAAAUUUGUGGCGUAACUAUCGGUGUGACGAAGGUAAAUGCUGCGGGUGUCAUUAUUGACGAGAAAGACUCGUCCCAGACUGGCGCGGCAUAGGCAUUGACGACUCGUUUUUGAAGUGAAAUAGUAGAUUGUACAACAAGGGCAUAAAGUGACCCAUUUUUACCCGAGGCACUUUUUUGGUCUGAGCGAAGCGAAGUCCAAAAUAGUAGACGAGGGUAAAAAUGGACAUUUAUGCCCUUGUUGUACACUCUGCUUUUCACUUCGAUUGCGAGGAAAAUAUACAAAAAAUCAAAUAUUUUAGGUUAUUUUAACGUAUUUAUUCAAGACUAAAGAAAAUUGUUCUUGGGCCGGUCGGAGGCGCGGGGCACGCCGAUCGGGAGAGCGCCGGCAGGGCUGGCAGUUUGUAUGGCAGAAUUUGGACUUUAUUGCUAAGUCAAUUCCAUCCAUUAAGGGUCGUAAUAGAUGAUUUUACUUUAUGCUCUAGAGCAUAAAAUGCGAUUUUAUGUCGUCUACGCACGACAUAAAGGUGCACUUUUUGAGCAUGAGAAGUGAAAACUUCUUUAGCGGCGCUGCGCACUUUUUGUGAUGGGGAAAAAAUGUUAAACUCGCGACAGGUAAGAUUCGUAAGACGUGACGUCACGUGUCAUAGAGUUUUUCUUUAUUGAUUUAAAUGCCAUCUAGUGAGUUUCCCUCUAACUGGUACUAAUAUAAUUCGAGUACUAACAGUGAUGUGCUUAGGGGUUUCAAGUAAUACGACGAAAUAACGCUAGAUGGCGUUUACCUAUUAUACAGUAGGUAUAGUGAAAACUUCUUUAGCGGCGCUGUGCAAUGUAAUUGAGUUUUCACUUCUGCCGGCACUCCCGGAGUGCAACCCGUUGUUUUUUCUCGGUCUGGACCGGCAAAGUGGAGAGACCAUCAUUCCGGGAGAUGGUUAAAAAUAACAUUUCGUAAAGACUGUCAUUGUUAGAGUAUAUUAUCUGUGUCUCCAACAAUGGGAUCACUGGGAUCAGGUCUCUUGGUACUUGUACCUAUGUACCUACACAUGGAACACGGAAUCUGCCUGGCUAACUAAAUAAUCUAUUAUUACAUUACCUUAGAAUUAUCAUUUUGCUCUGACAUUUUAUAAAUUUAAUGGGGCAUUUCGAUUAUUAUUGUACCUAUGACAUUUAUAACUUAAUAAAGUAAUGUUUCUGAAUUUAUCAUUAUUACAGCUUAUUAUUGUGAAGCAUUGCACUGCUUUAAAGGUCCUUAGUAUAUAAGUGUAGAGAUGUUUGAUAAAUAAUCUUAAACGUAUGUAUCUGUAAAUGCGCCUUAAUAAUCUGUGUAAUACCUAUUAAUAGUUCUAUCUCUCUUUGGUAUUGUUAAUACUAUGUAACCAGGGGUGUCACUCAGGUCUCAAUAUGAAGAGGCUCGAGAGGCUCAUAUUGAAUUGCAUUUACCUUAAAAUCGUUCACUAAUUUACGUGCCAUUCUUUACUUAUUUUUAUUGCCAUUAUGUCGUGCUGAAUCCUAGAAACGAAUUCAAUAAGUAGGAUAUUUGCCAGGAGAAUUAUAUAUGAAUACGACCAUCACAAUUUUUUUACUAAAUGAAAUUGAUGUUGAAUUUUACCCAAAAAAGUGACGCGUAUUCCAUGUAGUUAGCGGAUUUGUAGACGAUGACGCGAGAAACCGUUAGUUAACACAAUGCAUGUGGGUAAGCCAUGUUAGUCUCCUUUGUAUGUGUUUAAAUUAUUUGUGGCCAUUAUGAGUUCUUAAAAACGAUGUAUACAUACCUAUACAUAUGUUGACUUCAAUGUUCAUGAAUCAUGAACUCAGGGAACUUUUUCUAUAAAAUGUUUUAGUUAAGUACUUAGUCGUAAAUGUCGUAAUCACAUUAUUUUUCCGUGGAAUGAGCUGAUGAGAUUUAUAAAUCAAUAUAUGUUAUUCACUCUCUAUGUUAAAAACAGAAAAUCCCGGCCGUGCCAUACGAAUUGAAGUAAUUCUAGCAUGUUUUAUUUUUGUUUAUAAGAAAUCCGAAUUAUUUUUAUAAUAUUAAUACGCACAAUGCUUUAAACAUAAGUAUAUUAUCUAUAUAAUUUUAUAAAUGUUCUUUUAUGUACAAUUAAUAUUAAUUUAAUGUAAGAAAACAUAUUUAAAAUGUAGUUAUCAUCUCUCAUCCCAUGCACAAACAGAUUAUUUCUCUUUACUUGUAUUGAUACCACUUGUGUACGUGAUAUUUUUCGAAUACUUUUGGGUGCAAAAGUAAACCAAUGACUUACUGAAAUUAGAAAAAUGUACAGGUUGAUUCACGAAAGCUGGCACGAAUAGAAUGAACGAAACUUUCAUUGUAUGAGUGACACCUGUAUCGGUAUUUACAGUCAGAGCCACAAUUUUAUUGGUUAAUGUGAUACACACAUAGAUAUUUUCAUUCACUCAUUCAUUCCAUUCGUGCCAGCUCUUGUAAAUCUUGUAAAUGUUUACAGUUCUCUUUAAUAUGAAAGCUUAUUCUUAAAUUACUUUUAGGUUGUAAAAUCUUUUACUGUUUAUUAUUAUUUUCUACUUAAGUAGUUACUGUCUUGGCCCUAUUUUGCUCCUAACUGUAUGUAUAUUUUUGUAGUCUAUAUUACUAUUAAUUAGUGUUAUCACGUAUUUUAGCAUAAUUACACAUGUGCACUAGACGGCCCCGACCCGACAUCCACUGCGAUACGCAGUUUACUCGUUCGCUAUUAUUAUUAUUACUCGUAUCUAUAGUAGAGGUGCCGAGAGUAGUCACCCUUGGAAACACGAUUUAAUAAUGAAUUUAGUGUUUCGAAUUAUUAUUUGGUAAUGACGAACGUUACAUUCUUAUUUUAAAAAUUGAUAUUUAUCUACUUAACUGUUUGUUCUGUUUAAUUGUGCCAAAUCCAUAUCAUGAUCAGUGAUAGAACUUCUAAUCUUAAUGUUUGUACUUGUUACACUAUUACAUUAUCUUGCCGCAACAGUUAAUAUUGUGGAUGUUCAAGUUCCUCGUCACUUAAAGUUAAUCAUUUGUUCGUUAAAGAUAGUGCUUAGUGUAAUCGUAAUCAUAUUUGCUAUUUUUCGAGAGUUAUUACAAUUAUUAUGUUCUUAGUUGACACAUUUUAGUUUGUAAUGAAGCACAAUAGCGUAAGGACCGGGAAGAUAACUACACGGUUAACAGAACUGUCCCUCACCACGGAGGGCGAUUGGUUGUGAAGUUCUGCAUAUAUCUAUUAUAAUUUCAUUUCAACAUUCUUAAACGGAAAUAGCGAAAGAUGAAUAUUCUGUGGGUCAAGAUCUGAUAACUAUUAAAUUACUACUAUCUUGUGAUUUAGAUUUUAUACUUCUUGUUCAAAACAAUCAAAAAUUUAUUGGUAGAUAUUAGAUGUUAGGUAUAUUUUCUGUGUCAUUGUAAAUAAAAUGCCAACUUGUUGAA